AUGGCUGCCAGAACUCCCACCAUCGCCCGCAAUUCCUUCCGAGCCCGCGCGUGCGACAAUUGUCGACUCCGCAAGAUCAAGUGUGACAAAGUAGUCCCUUGUUCGAGCUGCAGUGCUCUUGGGAUCGCCUGUGGGCCAGCCGGUACCCCAGUGGGUUCUUCGGGCCCGUCGCGACGAGGUGAUCCUGAUGACUAUGAGCAACGAUUUUCAGCACUUCAAGAACAGUUGACGGUCAUCCAGAAAGCGCUCCAGCAGAUAGCACAGCCACCGGCUUCAGCACAACCCUCCGUACAGCCGGCUCCUCCAAUUUCCGCCAGCCCAACAGCUCCUCCAUUUGAGGGACAGUCGUCAUUCCAUCAUGAGACUCUUGUAGCUAGAGACGCAGCUUACUCUGCCGCGAAUACUUCCCGAGAUGGACAACUAGGUGACUAUGUUUCUGCUGCGCUCUCAUCUUUGAAGACCAGCCUCGAUAGGCACCACGCCUCCGUGGCUCAAAGUGGUGAACAAUCGCCCGUGCAAGCGAAAGAACAGCUACUUCCGGUUGAUCUGGUCGUAGCUGUAGUCAAGAAGGUCAAAUCCCAACCUCCCUUCUUCCUGGUCAGCCAAUCAUGGAUAGACUCCUCCCGGGUCGAAUCAUUAUGCCAGUCGAUAUACUUUCCACUAAAUCCUGUGCCCGCCGGGUCGUCGACCCUUUUCUAUGGCCUCCUUUAUUAUAUCAUCCGCGGCUAUCUUCAUGCGGGUGAUUCGGAUCUCGCACGCUUCGACCUUCAGUCUGGCCUCGAGCUUUGUGAGCGUUCGUUUGCUGCUGGCUUGAGCAUGCCUGAAAUCAUGAUCGAUCCGACGCUGGAGAAAAUGCAGGCACUGCUGCUCGGGGUUACGAAAGCACAAGAGGGAUUUGACAUCCAGCGGUGCUGGUCCUACCUCUCAUUAGCAUUCAACAUGUGCCAGAGCUUGGGUCUACAUCGACGUUCGACAUUGGAAAAAGACGAUUUCGUUGUCGCCGAAGCAAAACGUCGUGCGUUCUGGGCACUCUACACAAUAGACAAGAACAUUUCUCUCAACAUUGGAGUGACGUCCCAUUUCCAAGACCACGACAUAGAUGCUGAUCUAUUUACCCCAUCAAACGAUCCCAAGCAUCGACCAUGGGACUUGAUGGGACUCGUGAUUGUUGAAUUUGCUGGUGUUCAGGGCAGGGUCUAUGAUCAACUGUACUCUACUUCGGCAUGUCGAGCGGUCGAUGAGCAAAGGUCGGCUUCGAUAGAGCGAUUGUCUUUGGACUUGAUGGCCGUACGAGACAAACUUCUCGCGAUCGAUGUUAGCCAGGGUCUUUAUGCCGACUCUCUACAUGGAAUGGCAGCCUGCGCAGAUUUCAUAGCGUACUCUGUGUUGACUGUCAUUUAUCGUGCGCAGACACGUCCACGUGAUGUCAUGGCAAUUUCAUCUCGUUGUUACGAAUCGGCAACUGCCGCCUUACAGAGUCAUUUGAAGUGCUUUACCUACUUCCGUGGUCGUCAGACGCACAAGCAGACCGAAUAUGUCACCUGGAUUCUUCUCUACCCAUCCUUUACUCCCUUUGUCAUCGUCUUCACUCACGCCAUUACGACAGCCAGCACAGCUGACCUGGCUCUGUUACAAGAUACUACGACUUCCCUGGAGAUGAUCAAAGGUCUUUCUCGUGGAUCCAUGCACCUGUACACUGUCUGUGAGGCUUUUGUCCGGGCAGCGCAGAUUCUUGUCAAUUCACAGCAGACACUGACUGGAUUGGAACGACACCAAGACGGGUCCCUCGUGAUGCCUACAACUAAUGGGCUGGGCAAUAUCGCCUUGCCCGAUGUUCCGUGGCCGGAGAAUACGUUUGAAUCUACCAUGAACCAGACGGACAUUUCCAUGUUCCUGAAUGACUUUAUUGGUACCAACCGGUCGGUGAUGGAUAUCCUGAGUUCCGACUAUGCGGUGCAAUGA